GAUUGGAGGCGCGACAUGCCAGUCAGAGGUCGGGGCGGCGAGCGGGAGAGCGCGACUCGGACGCGGAGAGUUUGCCGGAGUUCGGCCCUGCUCGCUGCUCGGGUGUGUGGGCGAGAGCGGAGCGCCGGCGGCAUCAUGACCAAGGAGCAGCUCAGGCCGCGGCUCUGUGCCAUCAGCAGGGGCCCGGGCGGCUACGGAUUUCACCUGCACGGGGAGAAGGGGAAGACGGGCCAGUUUAUCCGGCUGGUGGAAGCGGGCUCGCCGGCCGAGGCAGCGGGGCUGAGGGCCGGCGAUAAGGUGGUGCAGGUCAACGGUGACAACGUGGAGCAGGACAGCCACCAGCAAGUGGUGGAGAAGAUCAAGGCGGUGGCCAGCGAGACUCGGCUGCUGGUGGUGGACAAGGAGACGGACGAGCUGCUGAGGAGCCUGGGGCUGCAGUGUAAGGCGGAGUACAUCGACGGUAUCCCCGAGCAGGGGCAGGGCGUCGAGCAGCUGCCCGAGUCCGAAGAGCGAGAGGUGGGAGGCGACAGCGUGUCUCAGUCGAGCAGCGAGAAGGACGGGGCGGACACCCGCAAAGAGCUGCGCCCCCGACUCUGCUACAUGCAGAAGGGUUCCAAUGGCUACGGCUUCAACCUUCACAGUGAGAAAUCCAAGACUGGCCAGUUCAUCCGUGCAGUGGACCCUGACUCUCCUGCGGAACGUUCUGGACUGCUGCCUCAGGACCGUAUCAUCGAGGUAAAUGGGACCAGUGUUGAGGGGAAGCAACACACCGACGUGGUGGCAGCCAUUAAAGCUGGCGGCAUAGAGACCUCACUGCUGGUUGUUGACCCUGAAACGGACGAAUUUUUCAAGAAAUGCAAAGUUUCACCUUCAGCUGUUCACCUUACAGGACCUCUGCCCCAACUGCUCACAAACGGAGAAGACGAACAGAAGGCCAAUGGAAACGUGUUGGAGUCAGUCGCACUCACAUCGGAACCAUCUUCAGAUUCUUCGUCUUUGCCCUCCACUCCCACAACACCGGCCAAGGAAGCAGCCGCUCACAUGGCAGAGCAGCACCCCCUUGACACCAAGAGCGCAUUUGCUGACGUGGGUCUGAGCCUCAGCAUGUCCGCGGCAGCCGCCAAGGAGAAGGUGCACUCGAAGCGGCUGAGCAAGCGGGCUCCGCAGAUGGACUGGAGCAGGAAGAAUGAGCUCUUCAGCAACUUGUAGGGGGGCCCGGCUGGUAGCUCUCAUCUCACUGCACAAAAACCUUAAUCUCUCUAGUGAUUUGUUUGUUUCUCCAAACCCCAGCUGAUCUACCUGGUGCAUUCCAAUGGUGGGGCUAAUUCACAGCUCCUCCUUCCCCCGCCUGUCCCUCCCCCCUCCCACCCCCACCCCCAUCUCCUUUCCAGUCAGCCUCAGCCCCACUCCAGUGCUUUGGCUAGCUGGGGUGGGGUUAGCAGACCCUUUGUUGCUCACAGCUCAAACCAUGUACCCCGAGGGAGGGGCUGGAACCACAUCUCCGGUAGCCAUCACUUGGUCUAGGACUGUCUCACCAUAGCCUAGCAUUCUGUCAGGGCUCUGUGGGUGGCUGGGGCUAUAAGCAAGAAUACUCCGCUGUGGGCUUGGGGAGAGUACCUUCCCUUUGCUAUGAACUGUAGUUGCAUUAGGUGCAUCUAAUCAUACUGUGCUAAUGAACUGGAUUCCUUAGUAAAGAGGGGAGUGAUCAACCCUCUCCCCACACCUCUGCCUGCAACUAUCCACCCAUCGCAAGCUGCCAACACUGCCCUGGCAAACUCUUGAGACUGCAGCUCACUGGAGGUCCAAGGGCUUCAACGGAAUUGUUCGUUCGUUCAUAUGCUCAGACACAGACAGUUUCAGCAACCCUUUCCGGUGUUUCCAUCCACCAACACACCUUUCCCGCAGCCCGCCUGCACUUGCACCUUGUUCCAGUCUUCUCCCCUCACACUUACUUAUCAUGGCGAAUCAUUUAUAUAAUUAAUUGGGUCACUUCAAAUGUCCUUUUGAAAGAUCAGCCAGUCGUGGAGUUGAGUGCGACCAAUGAUGAAUGAGGCUUCUAUUCGGAGAGGAUAUAAACAGCCCCUUUUGUUACCUUCUCCACUGAGGGGUAAAAGUGUUGGGCUGUGCAUGUGUGGGGAGAAGUUGCGCUGUGCCUGCGCUUUCUUCUGAAUUCCUCCUGUUCCCACUGAAAUGUGCUGAUUAGUCCAAUUAAUCUGCUAGCAAAGAUGAAGGGGCUGGAAACGGUGCUCCUAUUAAUAAUGUCGUUAUCCCUUUGCUCUGAAUGAAUGCUGUCUCUGGCGGCUUUGUACUUCAAACAGGCAUCCUUUUGAUGGCGGGGCACAAAUGGAGGUUUUGUAUUUUCAGUAUUUUGUUAACUCCUUCCACUCUGCAUACAGUGCUCUUGUCUCCUGCUGGGCAAGCACAGGGUGGGUUUUGGAGCAGCUAAUUUUUGUCACUGGUGAUGUUUAUAAUUUACUUCUAUUUAGCAGAAAUAAGUUAGGAAUAAAUGCUAAUGAAUUUGGAAAUCUAUAAAGUUCUGAACUUGGCACAUUUACUGCACAUUGAAGGAAGUUUAUGGUUUCUGGGACACGUAAGAAAUUCCAAAUGAAAUGAUGUUCUCCUGAUUGGGCUGGAGUUUCUGCUUGAGAAAGACUGUUCAAAAAGUCUUAUGGGUUAGUCAGCGUAGACUCUAAAUCUGAAAAUUUAUUCCUGGGAUGCAAUGGAAGGUUCAUGAGAGGACUGGUAGAAUCUUGUACCCUGUCCCACCAUUACCUCCCUCUGAUGGUUCAAUGGUGGGAUGGCCCGAGGUAAAUAGGAGGGACCUAUCUCCCUCAGCAGAAGGGACAGAUUUAAGGGAGUGGGAGAAUGAUGGAAAGUGCAGGUGAAGAAAUGUUUUUCACUCGGAGGGUGUUGUGGGAACGGAUCUCUGCCUGCAUUCAAACAACACUGGGUGGCACCACGGAGCCCCUGUAGGGAGGUGGUCUGACUCAGAGAAGCUCCUCAACAUGGUGAACUGAGAAGCCGCCUCCUGAGUCGUAACUCUGUCCAUCUUCCCUGUGACUGUAUGACAAGGUGCCCAACGCAUUUGCACCCCAGACUGAGCUUCCAUGGCUUACCAGAGGCAGCACAGUCUGAACUAUCUGGAGCCAGUGUGGUGGAAAACUCUCCCCAGCACUAGGGCAUGAGUAGUCUGGAUGGAGUGGGACUCAAUUUCCAAACUUGUCUAAUAAUAUCAUUUUCUUUUUUUUUUGCAUUAAAAUAUUUGGAGGUUUUGUUUUAAAAACAGAGCACUGGUAGAAGGGAAGUUUGGGUGGGUUCCAGCUGCUGGCUGAGAUGGUUUGUAUUUAUCUGCCCAGAGCGGGCUUCCAGCAGUCACCCUGUACGAUGUGGUCCGGUGCAGAGGCUCUCCGAGUUCGACCAUCCCAAUCCCAAUGAAAUCCACCUGAGGAGGUGAAUCACACGUGCUAACUGUCUCAGUCCAUACAUGGAGAAGACCAGAGUGAUUUGUGUCCAGAUUCAGUAUCUGUAAUUUUUAGAAACUAUAUUUUUAUCAGUAUAUGUAAAUUUUAUGAAAUAAAGGUUAAGAAUCA